UUCCUUGCCCUGCCUGUCACUUGCCAAAACUAUAUCACUCUAACCCAACUUGCUCUACCCCCAAUAUUUCUAUACAUGAAGAUCUAUCUGGUCCGUUCUACAGUUUUACUUUCACUGUAACCCAACUUUCUCUCAAACUCUUCUCCAAAGCGUACUCCUUUUCGGCUCUCUGAUUAAUCAUUUUUAUUGAAACUUUAAUUCAACUGGAGGAUGUUUAUCUCUCUGUUCUGGGUGCUAAGUUGUUUCUGAAGAGAGGAGGAGAAAGCUGCUGUUUUCAGUAAAACGGUAUCAUCCUUCGGCAACACAUCCACAACCAUUGCCAUUUUUCAGUCUCUGAUCUGAACCACUGCAGUGCCAUAACGGUGGCUACCACCAUGACAGCCCACGAAGCCUCCUCUUCGUCCUCCUCCAAGUCAAAACUUUGGAGUUACGACGUGUUCUUGAGCUUCAGCGGCAAAGACACGCGAUAUGGCUUCACCGGCUACCUCCACCAGGCACUAAAAGACAAAGGAUACCGUGUCUUUAUUGACGAGGACGGUCUAAAAAGAGGGGAAGAAAUAAGAGGGGAACUGUUAGGGGCAAUCGAAGAGUCGAAGAUCUCUAUCAUUGUCUUCUCAAAGAUGUAUGCGGAUUCGAGUUGGUGUCUUGACGAGCUGGUGAAGAUCAUGGAGUGCAGAGACAAAUUGGGGCGACAUGUUUUGCCAAUAUUCUAUCACGUUGAUCCUUCGCAUGUCAGGAAUCAGAACGGAGAUUUAGCUGAAGCAUUUCGGGAACACGAAAAGGACAUCCAUGAAGAAACAGAUGACAAGAAACGUGAAGCUAAACAAAAAAGGGUAAAGCAAUGGAGAGAGGCUCUCACAGAAGCUGGAAAAUUGUCUGGCCACCAUCUUAAAAUCGCUAAUGAUGGCAAGAGGCGAAGAGAGGCUCAUACAGAAGCUACAAAUUUGUCUGACCACCAAACAACUGGCAACGGGUACGAAGCAGAGUUCAUUAAAAAAAUUGUUGACCAGAAUAUUUGGGAAUGGCUCCACAGAACAAACAAAUUACAUGUGGCCAAGCACCCAAUUGGAAUCAAAUCUCGCAUUCAAGAUAUUAUCAAUGAUCUUUCAAGUGGUGGAUCAAAUGAUGUUCUCAUGGUUGGAAUUUGGGGGAUGGGUGGCUUGGGUAAAACAACAACUGCCAAAGCCAUUUAUAACCAAAUUCAUCAUAUGUUUGAAUUCAAAAGUUUCCUUGCCGACGUUCGCGACACUUCAAGUAAACAUGGUCUGGUUUAUUUGCAAGAAACACUUAUUUCUGACAUCUUGAAACAGAAGUCUCAAAUAAAAAGUGUUGACUUAGGUAUCAGUAUGAUACAACAAGUAGUUCAACAUAGAAGGGUACUUAUCAUCAUUGACGAUAUCGAUGACCGGAAACAAUUGGAUGCAAUAGCCCGAAGUCACGAUUGGUUUGGUCCAGGAAGUAGAAUUAUCAUGACGACACGAAAUAAACAUUUACUAAAGCAAGUGGAAGUGGACAAGACAUAUCCGCUUCGGGAAAUGAAUAAGGAAGAAGCUCUGGAGCUCUUUAGUUGGCAUGCCUUUAAAAAAAGUUGCCCUGAUGAAGAAUAUCUUGAAGUCUCAAAAAAUGUUGUUUCUUAUUGUGGAGGUUUGCCACUAGCCCUUGAAGUUUUAGGUUCUCUUUUGUUUAAAAGACCCAUUAAAGAGUGGAAAAGUCAAUUGGAGAAAUUGGAAAGAAUUCCUGAAGGAGAAAUAAUAAAACCACUAAGAAUAAGCUUUGAAGGGCUAAAUGAUACAGAGAAGGCUACAUUCCUUGACAUAUCUUGUUUCUUUAUUGGAAAGGACAAGGACUAUGUUGCCAAAAUAUUAGAUGGAUGUGGAUUUUAUGCAAUAGUAGGAAUCAGUGUCCUUUGCGAACGAUGUCUUGUAACUGUUGAAGGCAACAAUUUGAAUAUGCAUGAUUUGCUUCGAGAAAUGGCCAGAGUAAUCAUUUCUGAAAAAUCUCCUAAUCACCCUGGAAAUUGGAGUAGGUUGUGGAACCGUCAAGAGGUCACCGAUGUAUUGACAAAUAAAUCUGGAACUGGAAAAAUUGAAGGACUUGCUCUAUAUUCCACUAAAGGAACUAGUUUCAGUACAAAAGCAUUUGCCAAAAUGAAGAAACUGAGAUUGCUUCUGCUCAGCAACGUAGAGCUCAAUGGAGAAUACAAACAUCUUCCCAAAGAGUUAAUAUGGUUGCGUUGGAAUUACUGCCCUUUAAAGUCCAUACCAGAUGACUUUUUUAAUCAACCAAGACUAGUUGUUUUACACAUGCCGUUUAGCAAACUGGUACAAGUUUGGAAGGGUUCCAAGUCGCUACAUAACUUGAAAAACCUUGAUCUCAGCUAUUCCCAUUCCUUACAGAAAUCACCGGACUUUUCACAAGUCCCAAAUCUUGAAGAGUUGAUAUUGGUAUCGUGUAAGAGUUUGUCCGAGAUUCACCCCUCCAUUGGUCAUCUUAAAAGACUUUCUUUGGUGAACCUUAGCGGAUGUCACGAGCUUAUUUCUCUUCCAGGGGAUUUCUAUAAGUCAAAAUCUAUUGAGACUCUUCUUCUUAAUAGCUGUUACCAAUUCAGAGAACUGCAUGAGGAUAUAGGGGAGAUGAUAUCAUUGAGAACACUUGAAGCAGAGCAACCAGCCAUAAGAGAAGUACCACCUUCCAUAUUAGGAUUGAAGAAUCUCACUCGUUUAUCCCUUUACAGCAUCAGCAUAAAACUCAAAGGAAAAUACAAAUAUCUGAGUUGGGAAGGAUGCCCUUUAAAGUCCAUACCAGAUGACAUUUUCAAUCAAGAUAAACUAGUUGGUUUAGAGAUGCAGUGGAGCUAUCUGGUACAAGUUUGGGAGGGUUCCAAGUCGCUACAUAACUUGAAAACCCUUGAUCUCAGCUAUUCCUGGUGCUUACAGAAAUCACUGGACUUUUCACAAGUCCCAAAUCUUGAAGAGUUGAUAAUGGAAGGGUGUUUCCUUUUGUCCGAGAUUCACCCCUCCAUUGGUCAUCUUAAAAGACUUUCUUUGGUGAACCUUAAGUGGUGUGAUAAGCUUAUUUCUCUUCCAGGGGAUUUCUAUAAGUCCAAAUCUGUUGAGACUCUUCUUCUUAAUGGAUGUAGAGAUUUCAGAGAAGUGCAUGAGGAUUUAGGGGAGAUGAUAUCAUUGAGAAUACUUGAAGCAGAGGAAACAGCCUUAAGAGAAGUACCACCUUCCAUAGUAGGAUUGAAGAAUCUCACUCGUUUAUCUUUGAAUGGUAAUAAGUUUCGUAGCUUACCAAAACUCAGUGGUCUUUCAAAGCUCGAAACAUUGUGGUUAAAUGGAAGCAAAUGUCUUUGUACAAUCCUUGAUUUGCCAACAAAUCUGAAAGUUCUGCUUGCCGAUGAUUGCCCUGGAUUGGAAACAAUGCCGGACUUUUCGGAAAUGUCAAAUAUGAGAGAACUGGAUGUAAGUGAUUCAGCCAAACUCACUGAGGUUCCAGGCUUGGAUAAGUCAUUAAACUCCAUGGUGUGGAUUGAUAUGAAAAGGUGCACCAAUCUCACAGCUGAUUUUAGGAAGAACAUCCUACAGGGAUGGACUUCUUGCGGAUUAGGUGGCAUUGCUCUCCAUGGGAAUUAUGUUCCUGAUUGGUUUGCUUUUGUCAACGAGGGCACUCAAGUCAGUUUUGAUAUUCUCCCGACCGAUGAUCAUAAUUUUAAAGGGCUAACUCUGUUCUGCUUGUUCCGCAAAUGCGGAAGAAAAGAAUUACCUGAUCUUAAGAUUACUAUUAUAAGUAAUACCAAGCGUACGAAGUUGCUGGCCUACAAAACCAGAGUACCUGUGGAGUAUGAGAAUUAUGAAGAUGAUUAUCUUUGGCAGGGACAACUGUCGAACAAUGAGCUCAAUUUGCAAGGCGGGGAUAAAGUUGAUAUAGUUUUUGAAAUUCGAUUGGCGAAGUGGGAUAAUUCUGUAAAAUAAUGAGAACAGGGGUUAAUCUAGUAUGGGACAAACUUAUGAAGGAAAAUAUGCACGACACUAGAAGCGAUUUUGACUGGGAUUGGGAUGAGGAAGGAGCAAGCCAUGAUGAUGAGGGAGGACCAAGCCAUGAUGAUGAGGGAGGACCAAGCCAUGACGCAUCUGAUAAACUCAUUUGUGCAGAAUGAGGCGAGUCCAGAUUUCAUGCUUUUUUUUCUUCGGAUUCCUAUGAUUUAUUUCAAUUAGUUGUUUUGAAUUUUGAAUUUAUUACAUCAAGUAACAUUACAACAAUCAAUAUAAGACAUUCACCCAAAUAUUUGACAAA